AUGUACUACAGAAUCCACCUCUACCGCUCCUUCAUUGGACUCUCGAAAACUACUGCUGAAACCUGCCGUGCACUUGGCUUGUCAAAGAGAGGCCGUGUGGUUUACAAGAAAGUGAGCCCGCAGAUCGCCGGUCAAGUGGUCAAGAUCAAGGACCUUGUUAAAGUUGAUCUGGUGCCAUCACUCGAGUACCAAACUGCUGAGUUUGCAGCUCGCAAGUCUGCAAGUGGUUACAGUGUUAUUUCUCGGAAUUAA